AUGGUGGAGAUGGGCAGGCCGCAGGGUGUGGGGGACCGCGGCAGGGACCCUCACGCCACCCCACUGCAGGAGACGCUUCGUCUGAAGGAAAAGGAGGGCUGCCCCCAGGCCUUCCAUGCCCUCCUGUCCUGGCUGCUGACCCAGGACUCUACAGUCAUCCUGGACUUCUGGAGGGUUCUGUUCAAGGACUACAACCUGGAGCGCUAUGGCCGGCUGCAGCCCAUCCUGGACAGCUUCCCCAAAGAUGUGGACCUCAGCCAAUCCCGGAAGGGGAGGAAGCCCCCGACCAUCCCCAAGGCUUUGGUGCCACCACCCAGACACCCCACCAAGAGGAAGGCCUCAGAAGAACCUCGAGCUGCCGCGCCAGCAGCCCUGACUCCAAGGGGCACCCCCAGCCCAGGCUCUCAACUGAAGGCCAAGCCCCCCAAGAAGGCGGAGAGCACCGCAGAGCAGCAGCGUCUUCCACUUGGGAACGGGAUUCAGACCAUGUCAGCUUCAGUCCAGAGAGCUGUGGCCAUGUCCUCUGGGGACGUCCCGGGAGCCCGAGGAGCCGUGGAGGGGAUUCUCAUCCAGCAGGUGUUUGAGUCAGGGGGCUCCAAGAAGUGCAUCCAGGUCGGGGGGGAGUUCUACACUCCUAGCAAGUUCGAAGACCCCAGUGGUGGGAAGAACAAGGCCCGCAGCGGCGGUGGCCUGAAGCCUCUGGUUCGAGCCAAGGGAGCCCAGGGCGCUGCCCCCGGUGGAGGUGAGGCUAGGCUGGGCCAGCAAGGCAGGGCUCCCGCCCCUCCAGCCCUCCCCAGUGACCCCCAGGUCCACCAGAAGAAUGAGGACGAGUGUGCUGUGUGCCGGGACGGCGGGGAGCUCAUCUGCUGUGAUGGCUGCCCUCGGGCCUUCCACCUGGCCUGCCUGUCCCCUCCACUCCGGGAGAUCCCCAGUGGGACCUGGAGGUGCUCCGGCUGCCUGCAGGUGACAGUCCAGGAGACGCAGCCCCGGGCAGAGGAGCCCCGGCCCCAGGAGCCACCGGUGGAGACCCCGCUCCCUCCGGGGCUUAGGUCGGCGGGAGAGGAGGUGAGAGGUCCACCUGGGGAGCCCCUAACUGGCAUGGACACGGCUCUUGUGUACAAGCACCUGCCGGCCCCGCCUUCUGCAGCCCCCCUGCCAGGGCUGGACUCCUCGGCCCUGCACCCCCUACUGUGUGUGGGUCCUGAGGGGCAGCAGAGUCCAGCUCCUGGCGCACGGUGCGGGGUGUGCGGAGAUGGUACGGACGUGCUGCGGUGUGCUCACUGCGCUGCCGCCUUCCACUGGCGCUGCCACUUCCCGGCGGGCACCUCCCGGCCUGGGACGGGCCUGCGCUGCAGAUCCUGCUCAGGAGACAUGACCCCGGCCCCUGUGGAGGGGGUGCUGGCCCCCAGCCCCGCCCACCUGGCACCCGGGCCUGCCAAGGAUGACACUGCCAGUCAUGAGCCCACUCUGCACAGGGAGGACCUGGAGUCCCUUCUGAGCGAGCACACCUUUGACGGCAUCCUGCAGUGGGCCAUCCAGAGCAUGGCCCGCCCGCUGGCCGAGGCGGCCCCCUUCCCCUCCUGACCCUGGACGGCCGGGACACGCAGCUCUGAUGGGAGGGCGCCGAGAAAGACACCUCCUCCCUCAGCCCUGGAAGCCGGCCGGCUGGGACCCAGAAGGGGACAGUGCCACGUCUUGUCAGUCCUCGGCUGUAAACACAGCCCUGUGUUUGUGGGGACACCAGCCAUCAUGUGCCUGGAAAUUAAAACCUG